GCGUAAGCAAUUAGCAAGCAUUCGUCUUUCUUUGGUUCUUAUCUCUGCAGCUGCAAUUCCCUUUCUUUCUGACCAAAAACCCUAAAUCAAUCUAUUUAUGUAUAUGGAAGGGUAAUCAAUCGUACUACCGAAUAUGGAGUCAGAACUGAAAGACCUGAAUUCGAAACCAGCGAAAUCAAAUAUCAACGGAAAUGGCAAUAGCAAUAGUAUUCGAGAUGAUCGUCCUCUGCUGAAGUCAGAUUCGGUCUCAUCGUCGGAGAACGUGGAGCUGCAAGACCUAGAGAAGAAAUUCGCCGCUUAUGUUAGGCGCGAUGUGUACGGAACCAUGGGACGGGGAGAGUUGGCGACGAAGGAGAAGCUCUUGCUGGGUUUCGCGUUGGUCACUCUCCUUCCUAUUAGAGUUGUUUUCGCCUUCACCAUUUUGCUCUUUUAUUACUUCAUUUGUAGGGUUUGUACCCUAUUCUCCACCCCGAAUGGGGAGGACGAGCAGGAAGAUUACGCUCACAUGGGUGGUUGGAGGAGGGCUGUUAUUGUUGGCUGCGGAAGGGCCCUCUCUAGGGUCAUUCUUUUCAUUUUUGGCUUUUAUUGGAUCCCUCAAUCCUAUCACUCUACCACUCAGAAGGAAGGUAAUAAUCAUCAGCUUGAAGAGAUGGGAAGACCUGGCGUAAUAAUUUCUAAUCAUGUGUCAUACUUGGAUAUUUUGUAUCACAUGUCUUACUCGUUCCCAAGUUUUGUUGCUAAGAGGUCAGUGGCUAAAAUUCCACUCGUUGGUCUCAUCAGCAAGUGCCUUGGCUGUGUCUAUGUUCAGCGGGAAUCAAAGUCAUCAGACUUCAAGGGUGUUUCAGCUGUUGUCACUGAAAGAAUUCGAGAAGCAUAUCAGAAUAAGUCUGCUCCAUUAAUGAUGUUAUUUCCAGAAGGUACAACCACAAAUGGAGACUUCCUCCUUCCAUUCAAGACUGGUGGUUUUUUGGCAAAGGCACCAGUACUUCCUGUAAUUUUAAGAUACCAUUACAAGAGAUUUAGCCCUGCCUGGGAUUCCAUAUCUGGGGUGCGCCAUGUAAUUUUUCUCCUCUGUCAGUUUGUAAAUUAUAUGGAGGUGGUACGGUUACCUGUUUACUAUCCCUCACAGCAGGAGAUGGAUGAUCCCAAACUAUAUGCUAAUAAUGUUAGAAGAUUGAUGGCUAGUGAGGGUAAUUUGAUACUUUCUGAUAUUGGACUAGCUGAAAAACGAAUAUACCAUGCUGCUCUCAAUGGUUUGUUUUCCCAAUGCUAAAUUCUUCGGAUUCGUGGUCUGUAUAUUCGUUGUAUGGUUCUAUUAUUUAUCAGGAAAGAAAAAGAAAUUAAUAUAGAAAAUCCUGUGCAGAACUAGGUUUCAUAUUUGAAAAUGUAUGUAUCUAAUAACUGCCUCUGGAUCAUUAAUGCGAUUUCUGAUAAGAGGCUCGAUGUAUCUAUAUAUUUUUGGUCAACUUUUCGAGGAUUAGUAGGAUCCUCUCCAAUAUAGGGCUUUUUAAAAUAUAAUUGCCGAUUCUAAUUAUUUAAUGUUUUGCUCUAGUUUAGAACAAGCUUAGCUGCAAUUUUACUUUUUAUUUUUAUUAUUUUUUUAGGGUGCUAAGGAUAGCCGAGGCCCCUAACGAUCAGGCAUACUCAAAAGGGAAAUGCUCAAGAUAAUUUAAAAAAGUCUACCACAUGCAGGCUGCAAUUUUGUAACAUAGUCAUGAGUUUAACCUGGACAAAGAUGAAGCUUCCUUUAUGGGGGUUUUAAUAUUUGUGGGGGCGCACAGAAGCACGCCUUAGAAGCCUUUCCUAAGGUUAGCUGCAUCGCAGUGUGCACAUUAAUCUGAAUUUACUCAGAAGAAUCUUUGUUAUGAAAUCGGAUACCACACAUCACAACUGGAUGUUCCUCGUGUAUGGGACCCCAAAUUUAGGCAGUAAUGUGUCUUAGAGCGUGACUAAGAGUCAAAUGGAGUAAUUUUACCUGUUGUACAGACACAUAGGAAUAGGGAAUGAGAUCAUUGUUGCAAGAACAUGAACUC